CUUUAUUCAUGUCUUUCAGUUAAUAAAACUUGGAGUGAAAUAAUUGUACCAAUUUUAUGGAAAGAUCCUUGGAAAUUUUUAAAACGAAAGAAAGAGAAAGGGAAAAUAUUAUUUAACGUAAUUAUUCCACAUUUAUCAGAAGAAUCAAAAAAUUAUUUUAAUGAAAAUUUAAAAAAUGCAUAUGAAAGACCAUCAUUUUAUUAUAUUGGUUUUUGUAGACACUUAAAUUUAAAUGCAGUCCAAUGGAUAAUUAACACAGCAGAAGAAGAAUCUGAUAUGAAAAUAAUUAAGAAUGAAGUGAUAAAACUUUUUAUUAAUGAAAAUACAAGAUUUACACAUCUUUAUAUACCUCGACAAUUUGAUCAUCAACUAAAUCUUAUUCCUGGAGCAAAACGUUGCUUUUCAAAAAUUGAAUUCCUUAGUUGUAAUACUUGUAUAAGCGAUAAUACUUUAAUGGGAUUAAUAGAAAUAUGCAAAUCAAUCGGAGAAUUGGAACUUUAUAUUGAAAAGUAUAAUAAUAAUCACGAUAUUUCUAAAUUGAUCGAAUCCUCUAAAAAAUUAGUUAAUGUUCGUUUUGAACCCAAUUAUUUUAAUUAUUUUAAUAAUUCAAAUAAGAAUGAAUCGUUCUAUACUCUUAUUGAAAAUUCGUUGAACAAACAUGCAAGUAAUGUACAAUGCUUUAAGAUUACUGAACCACCCGUUACAAGAAUUUUUUCAUCAUUUGUUAACCUAAAAAGGUUAGAAUUGAAUGGUUACGCCCGUGGAACGUUAUGGAAUUGUCUAGAAAACGUUUGUUUACCAUAUUUACAAAUUUUAAAAGCUAGUCGUAUACCAUUAAAAGUUUUAAUAAGUUUAAUAGAAAAAACAAAUGGAUACCUUAAUGAAAUUAGUAUAGAUUAUAUAUUUCAUGAUGAAUUUUAUAAUAGAAGAAUUCUUCAGACUAUUUAUAAAAAAUGUCCAAAUCUUUUAUAUCUUAAAUUAUUGAUUAAAAAUAUUAAUAUUUCGGAAUUAGAAAAAUUAUUAAUUAAUUGUCGAUACUUAAUUGGAUUAUGUGUCUUGGUUUCUAUAUACGGGGAAUUUGAUUGGGAUAAAUUAUUCUUAACAUUAACUAGAUCAUCAUCACAAAGUUUAUUUAAAUUCAAAUUUAAUAUUUCUCAUAAAAUACCAAUUAAAUUAAAUACUUUAAAAUGUUUUUUUCAAACUGAUGAGGUUAAAGAAAAAUAUAUUGAUUUAAUAGAAGCAUAUAAGAUAGAAGGAAUAAUUAAAGAUUUUAAUUAUUGGCAUAGACAUCCAUUAGAAGUCUUUAAAUGGAAUUAAAAAUAGAAUAUUUAAUAUUAAUUUUUUUUU